CUUCUUGCCAGAGGGGUCGGGGCGUGAAAAACAGCGGGGGGGAGGCGAGGGUGGUGCAGGGUUUGACGUGGAGACUGGCGAGUUUGUGUAUUAGAUCCUAGAGAGAUAUAUGCUGCGGGGUCAGGAGGGCGGGGGGGGGAGGGGUGAUGACCAACCAGACAUAAAAAUGACAUAGAUACCCAUAAUUCCCAUGUUGCUGGAUAAGGUGACCUGUCUAACCUCAGCUCUUUUCCUCCUCCUGUCUUUUAUUUCUUUCAUUUUCUGUUUUUUCGUUUAUUUCCCGGAGCUGGUGGGUGGAGUGGGGGGGGGUCGGGCGGGAACUCAGCGCUGUACAUACUUUUUUUUUUUUUUUUCAGUGCGAAGAAUGACACACAACUCACACAGUCCCAGAGAAAUCGAUCACAAGGCUUUUUCCAGUAUGAGCGCAGCAAAGAGUGAGAUUUAUUAAAUAAAAAUGAAAAAAGACAAAACACAGAAAUUUAAAAAAAAAAAAAAAAGAAGAAGAAGAAGCCGAUGAUAGUGACGCAGAGAGCAGUUCCACCAGUGGCGAGGUUUGAGCUUCCAGAUGUUAUUUCAAGUUUGUUUUUGUUUUGUUUUUCUUCUUUUAGCAACUGAUGGACAAAAAAAAAAAAAAAAGUCGGUAGCCUUAAAGUUUGAGGCUCGUGUACCUAAAGGCCUUCUGCUGUAUAAAGCCCACGUCCAUAACCAUCAACAAAUAUGUACUUACGUGAAAAUAUUCUCCUCCUGGGGGGGCGCGGCGGGCAUCUGGUGCUUAUUUAAAUACAAGAACUAUACAUUUAUACGAUAGACAGUAGUUAGUAGUAAACAAACAAAAUGAAAAGUUAGUCCAGUUUUAUAUACCAGAAAUCACGCACACGCAUACAGAAAUAUAUUAACGUCAUGUCAUGGAUGCAUCUGAUUGGCUGAAUGAAGGUUCUCGCACUUCCUGGAUAUUUUUCUUUUUAGGGUUACCACGGUAACUCGCAGUGGACAGUGAGGCCCCCCCGUCCAAUGAGAUUUUUGGAAACAUUAUGGAAUAGAAUAAAUUGAUCGUGCCUGUUGGUGGCUGCAGACCUGACCCUCCCUCCUUCUCUCUCUCUCUCUCUCUCUCUCUGUCUCCUUACCUGGCUCUCCCUCCUCCCCCUCUUCUCUCCCCCCUCCUCACCUUCCUGUUCGUCUCUGAAGAAAAAGGGAAAGGAAAACUUAACUGCAAGAAAGGAGGGAGGGAGGGGAAACCCCGGGGAGGCGUCUUUAUGUAAACAUUCCAUUAUGUGCAAAUAUAAAAAGAUAUUUUCCAAAAAAAAGAGGAAAUUGUUCUGUAAAAAGACAAAAAACUAUGCAAUCAUAAUGUGUCGAAUAUCUUGAGAUCUGGAGGACGUCGUGGGCAUCAAUCAGAAAGUUCCCUGUCUAAAUUAACUCUGGUUUGUCUGUUAGAGGGAGAGAAGGGGGGAGACGGGGGAGGAGCAGAGAAGAAGAAAAGACUUGGACCAAAAGCUUCGUUUAUUUUUUUUCCUUUUUUCUUUCUCUUGUUUUUUUUUUUUUUUCCCCUGCGAGGUCGGAGAGAGAAAUGAACUCUGGAAUUGUGAUUUUUUUUUUUUUUUUUCCUUUUUUUGUACUCUUUAAUAUCAAACCUUAUCUGCUGUACUGGAAACUGCAAACGCCUUCUGUCUCUAAUGAUAAGUGAGUUUCACAAAGCACACAUAAAAGUUUCCUUACAAAAUACCUCCAGCUGUGUGUGUGUCCUUAUUCCUCCUGUGUGUGUGUGUGUGUGUGUUAAUAAUUAAUCAUUUCUGCUAAGAAUUGAACCAAUUUCUAAAUGUUUUAAUCAACAGAUGGGAACAGAUACAUUAAAAUGUCUCUUAAACAGGUUAUAUAUCCAAUAAAAUACAAAAUGCUGUUGUGAGAAAACGUAUAAAUUGAACUACAAGUGAUGUAUAAUUAAAAAAAAAAUACAUUUUUGUUGCCAGUUGUUGAGCAGCGACCGACAGAAGCUGUGUGAUUAAAACUGACUGAUGGAUUUGUGUUAUUCAGUUCAUAACUGAUUCUGUUUCAUGUCAUUAAUGUUCAGGCGGCCGACUGUCGAUUAAAGAAAUUAGUUUAAAUUUCCCUCCAUAGUUUUGAAGAACUUCACACCUCUGUAGGACACCUGAGGAUGAUCAGUGUCUAAUCCACAACUUCACUUUUAUUUAAUUAUGAAAAAAUAAAGUAAAGCUUUGAGGGAUAAAAUAAAAGUAUUUAUCUGGUUAAUAUUCCAUAUUCAGCUCCAUUUUGUUUUUGUUUCAACAUUUCUUGGUGUAUAAGUGAAUAUAAUAUAAUAUAAUGUAAUAUAAUAUAUUCUGCCUUGUGUAAAGAUUCUGUGAGCUUUAGGAAAUAAUAUUACAGCCACACUCUCAGGUGAAAUCUCUCUGACUGAAGUGUGUGAACACAAACUUCUGGGUUUUAAUAAAUAUCUCCGGUGAUGGAUGUAGAGCGGGUCGUCCGCUAAUCAGAAGGUUGCUGGUUCGAGUCCCUGGUAUCUUCAUACAGAUACUGAACGCAAGAUUGCUCCAGCCUCAACCCUCAACCCCUCCAGGUGAGCCGGACUCCAGGUGAGCCGGUCUCCAGGUGAGCCGGACUCCAGGUGAGCCGGUCUCAGCCCCUGCAGUGUCCACAGAGUGACUCUCAGGUGAGCCUGUGGGCAGCAGACCUGCAGGAUCCACCUCGUGGACUUCAUGAGCUGGUUCUGGGCGCGAGGAGCGGAAGUGGGCAGUCCCUGCAGGAGAGCGGAGGUCUGAUGUGCGCGUGCAGCUGCAGCAGCGUCACUCGGAGCAGCUCGAGACCUGCGGACCGGAACACGAGCAGCUGCAGAGGAGAAGCCUGCUGAGCGUGACAGUCCAGACCUCCGUCAUCAUCAUCAUCUUCAUCUUCAUCAGCGUCUACAGCCUGGCUGCCGCCGCUCCGCGCGCUCUGCGGCGCAGUGAAUCCUGGGAACACGCGGCGGCUCGGGGCGCGCGGCCUCUCCCCUCUGGUCCGCGGUAGCGGGAACGAUGCUCGCGCUCACCUUCACCUGCCGCGCGCUGCUCGUCUUCCUGCUGUCGGAGUGGGUUCAGACCGACAGGACGGCGCCCUUCCUGAUCACGGAGAACAUGUGGCCUCGCGGUUGUGUCCUGGACUGCCAGCGGGGGCGCCACCGAGCUGUGUGUGGCAGCAACGGCCGGCUGUAUAAAUCAGUGUGUGCCUUCCAGAGAGCACAAUGCAUCAACACACAGCUGCGCCUCGCUCCGCGGGCUCACUGCUCAGAUCCGAGUCAGUCCAAGUGCCAGCAGGCCCGGGCUCAGGCUCUGGACUCCAGCGGCCACAACAGCGGUGGCCACGUGAGUCCAGCUGCCGCCGUCUUCGUGCCGGAGUGUCACCUGGACGGUCACUUCCUGCCUGUGCAGUGUCACAACCAGACCGGGUACUGCUGGUGCUCCACGCCCGACGGCAAGCCGGUCAGCGGAACCUCAGUCCUGCACCUGAUCCCCAACUGCACCGAUCUCAUCACUAAGCUGGCUCAGAUCACUGAUGAAGACUCUGCUCCGGUCCAAGAUGAAGUCGGUGAACCAGGUCCAACACUGGACCCCAGAAAACCUGCAGAACUGACAGCUCCUCCGUUCUGGGUGACCAUCCUGAUGAACUCUGACCCCAAAGGAAACCGCUCGGUCAGACGACCCACCGACAGUCCUCAGACGUGUGAACGUGAGCGAGCGUCGCUGCUGGCUCAGAUGCGUUCAGCCUGGCAGGAGGAGCGUUUCAUCCCAGAAUGCACUGCAGACGGCCGCUACAGCGCGGCGCAGUGUCACGCUGCCACAGGAUACUGCUGGUGCGUCAGAGUGGACAGCGGCCGGCCGCUGCCGGGCACCUCUGCAAGGAAUCAUAUCCCAGACUGCACUGGGGCAGAGGACGCACCUGCAGACAGGAGGUACAGGGACAAACCUCUGCCAGGCUGUCCCGGACCUCGUAAGAAGCAGUUCCUCCAGAGUCUGAUCCGAGCUCUGCAGCUGGAAGCAGAGCAUGCUGGGAAUCUGAGUCCCGACCAUUCCUCCAUCACUCCUCCCUCCACCACUCCAUCCUCCUCCACUCCGGACGUUGCCUCUCCCGCUGCUGCUGCUGAUCCCUCCGGGCCGGAGGAGGUUCUGCGCUGGCACUUCAGUCGGCUGGACGUGGACUCCAGCGGGGUGCUGAGCGAACGCGAGGCUCGACCCCUCCGUCAGUUCCUGCGACGGAGGCUGAAGCCGCGACGAUGCGCCAAGAAGUUCGCUCAGUACUGCGACAGAGACGGAGACCGAGGGCUGGUGCUGGAGGAGCUCCGGGUCUGUCUGGGCCUCUGAGAGAGCAGCAGGACGGAUCAGCCGGUCUGUUCUGAAGGACGACUGGUUUCUUCUCCUCCGCCUCACUGUCGCCUCACAGAGUCGGUUUAUUCUUCCACGAUACCAUCGAAACAUCACAAACAUUCAUCCGACACUGAUUCGUGUACAUGUUUCAAACCUUCGACAGCAGACUUUUGCACAUGUUCACUCCAAGACUCAUAACUCUGGUGACUUUCCUCUGACUGUCUCUGAAACUUUUCCUUUAUUAAUAUCCUCUUUCCUUUGAUUCCUGUCCUUCCUCCUUCCUUUGCCUUCACGUCUUCUUCCUUGCAUAUUUUUUGCUUCAUCCCUUCCACCUUCUCUUCACUCUCUGCACCUUGGAUGCCUGAAUCCUCACUUCCCUCCUUUGCUGCAUCGAUUCAUCUGUCUUCACUCCUUCAGUCCUCAUCUGAACCCAAAGUGGUUCCGGUCCGACACACUGCAGGUCGUCCCAGAGCUCUGACCUGAGUGAGGAUGCAGGAGAGCUGCCGUCCUGUACGACUUUCACCGUGACGUAUAAAUAUUUACAUCUGGCACAUUUGCACAGCAUUCAGAGGAAAUAUGGUCUGAUUAAUCUGAAACAUUUCCUCGUCUCCUCGCUCUUUGUUUGGUUUCAUAAUACUUCCUCGUUGGAUUGGACUGAGACGGAGAAGACACAAGUGAGAAAAGUGGGAUUUAACAGCCUGUGGCUCUAGUUUUUGUGGCGUGUCUCCACCGUUGGCACUAUUCUGCACUUGUUGGCGUCUUUUUGGCUGAUUAAUAUUGUCAAAUCUGCAGCCGAGCUUGUCGGGGAGGGAAAACUCUCCUCAGUGGACGAGACGCGAGGUCUCCUGUGCUGCUGUAGUGUCCAUGAUUUCACCUGUUCAGUGCAGCUUUUCACCAGCACCAUUUAUCAGAUAUUCUCUAUCAGGAGAGGAUUUUUUUAGUGAGAAUGGUGUGAAAGUGACGUCUCGAGUUUGAAUCUGAGUUAUUUCGAUGUCGUCCUGGUGUGUCGGUUCCCUCAGAUCUUCCCCGUCUCGCUCUUUUAUUUUCCAAACAUCCUCAACUUCUCUCCUUCAUCCAGCCUCCUUUGCUUCUUUGCUUCCCCAUAUUUUAUGUACAUAUCACAUAUUAAUAAGUCAAUGAAAUAUUUUGAUACAACUAUGAUUCCUUUGUAUAUUUAUAUGGUGUAUUUUAGACUUUGUUAGAGACUAAACUGUUUUCUGAAUGUCCAGAUAAUCUCCACUUUCUUUACUGAUUGUUUGUAAAACGUGAUUUCAAUAAAAAAUGAUGUUGUCACGACCUUUUCAUGAAUCUGA